GACUAGAAAUCAUUCAGUUUCGUACACGACUUGCGCUAGACAAUAUGGCUGUCGAGGAAACUGCAAAACUGUUGACGGAGGAGGCCCAUCGCUUUAUGAUGGCAAGUCACGUUGACAUGGACGCAAUCAUCACCGAAGUUCGUGGUCGUGUUCGUUUGCAACAGAGCGAAGCGGUCCUCGCGCCCCUCAACCCGUCCCCGCCUUUGAGUACGAGCAGGCAUCCGCAUGGAAGCAGUGCUCCGAACUCCUCUCAGGUCACCCUUGAAAGCCUCGAGUCUCCAUCUGCACCUACUUCACCAGGUACCCAACCUUCCGGUCAUAGACGAAUACCGAGCGAAGCAGAGUCUUUGGCCGAAUCAUUGAAGGAGAAUGAGGGCGAAUCCGAACCUCCAACUGGUGUGCGACGACCAGAUGGACCGAGAGGUUUCAGCAACGAUAUUACCAAGUUCAUAGAUGAUGAACGUGAGAGGUCGGAGGGAAUUGCCACUAAUCGACGAUCAUGAGACGUUCAGACCGCGGGAGAGGCUCUAUGCGAUUUGAAGGCUCACAAGGGGUGUCCCAAAGGGGCUGAGCAUUUCAACAGUCUUCAACGAGACGUCCCUCCGACUUCCGGUGCCAGACUUUCAAAAGUCCUCAGCGAUGAGGGACUUUGAUAUUCGGGGUUUAUUGUGUUCAUUGGGGACGAAGGAAGACUUGUUUUUCUGUUUCUUCGAUUUAUUUCAAAAACACCACCCACCCCAAAAGACCCCAAAAAGAG